AUGACUUCCACCAUUCGGUAUCUUACUGCCAAGAUCGCCAGGGAGAUCGAUGAGGAGCUUAUGAGUCAGACGGGAGCGUUUAGCUUGGAUCAGUUGAUGGAACUGGCUGGGCUCUCCUGUGCACAAGCCCUCGCCAAGGUCUACACUCGGGACGCGUAUCGGAACGUGCUGGUAUGUUGCGGGCCCGGGAAUCAGGGAGGUGACGGGCUUGUUGCCGCCAGGCAUCUCUCGAUGUUUGGGUAUCAACCGGUGGUAUAUAUGCCCAAGUUUGGUUCUAAAGACAUAUACAAGCGCCUCCACCGACAAUGUGACAAUAUGGAUAUCCCCACGCUUCCAUCCGACAUAUCCGCUCUUGAAACAGCCCUUCCAACCACGCACGUUAUCCUCGACGCUAUCUUCGGUUUCUCAUUUCAAGGACCUGUGAGAGCGCCGUUCGAUGCAGUACUCGACAGGAUCCAGGGAUCGGGAAAACCGAUCGUGUCGGUGGAUAUACCGAGCGGAUGGGAUGUUGAAAAGGGACCGGAUGUGGAGGGAUGCACGGUCAUUCAUCCUGAAGUACUGGUGAGUUUGACGGCGCCGAAGGAAGGCGCAAGGGGGUUUAGGGGGAGACAUUUUUUGGGGGGGAGGUUCGUGCCUAGGUCAUUGGAGAGAGUUUAUGAGUUGAAUCUUCCAGAGUAUCCUGGUGGUGAACAGGUCGUGGAGCUCCCUCCGGCACAGGGAGAACAAAGUGCUGGCGAUCAGAGGGCGGUCAGGACUCAGUAUCUGUGA